AUGUCAAUAUGUCAUUCAAUCAAAUAAGCAAAAAAAGGGGGGAGAAAAAUGGUCACAACAAGCAGGGUAGUUAAAAUCAGUAAAGUUUUUUCAGAUAUACUCGUCUGUCCGCUUUCUAAACAACCCUUGAGGGUUUGUGAGAAAUCGAAUUCCCUGAUAAGUGAUGCGAUCGGUGUUUCUUUCCCGAUAGUAGAUGGGAUCCCCUGUCUUGUGCCAAAGGAUGGCAAAAUCAUCGAAACACCUGGUGAUGUUGAUUCACUGAACACAAAAAGGGAUAUGCAAGAUUGAAAUUAGGGUUCUGUAGACAUGGUGAAGAAGAUAUGGUUAUUUCUGCUCAAACUUGACAGAUAGUUUGCAAUCGGAGUCUUGUAACUUUUGUCUUUAUGAAAAUUAAAUUUAAUGUGAUCACCAAUUUGCAAAGCACACAACAUAUAUACUCGAAUUACUCGACAGAUGUUUGCAAUUUCAAUAAUUCAAUCCUCUUAUUGUUUUU